AUGGCGCAUCUUAGAGCCAGAGCUCCGCAAGCAGCUUUGCAGGGCCUCAGAGCCGUGAGCCCGGCCCCGCGCCGACGAUGCGUCGCCCUCGCUGGCGCCGCGCGGCAAAUGUCCAGCAAGCCCGAACGACCGACGUCGAACGAGGAGAAGCACGGCAGGUCCUUCCAGGGCCAGGUCGUCGGCUCCAUCUCCCAGAGACUGGCGCGCGAGCGGGCGGAACGCGAGAGGUUCGCUGCUGAGCGGGAAAAGACCGGUCCCGGCAGAAACUGGGCGUACACCUUUGUGCUCCUCACAUCCGUCGGUGUUUCGUACUACCUCGGCACCCUCGUCCCCUCAAGUCCCAACGAAGAGUCGACGCUGCCGCUGCACAAGACGAUCGCACCGCUACACAAACUUAACAAGGAGAACCUCGAGGCCGCGUGGGCGGAUUUCGUCAACAUCGUCGGCAAGGAGAACGUCAGUACUACCAGCACCGACCUCGACCACCACGCCAGCUCGGAAUGGUCGUCGCACGCGGCGGGGCCCGACGAGAGGCCCUUCUGCGUCGUGUUCCCUAGCUCUACGGAGGAGGUCUCGCAGGUCAUGCGCAUCUGCCACCAGCGCCGCAUUCCCGUCGUCGGCUACAGCGGCGGCACCAGCCUGGAGGGCCACUUCACGCCCACGCGCGGCGGCAUCUCCAUCGACUUUGGCCGCAUGAACAAGGUCCUGGCGCUGCACCAGGAGGACCUCGACGUCGUCGUGCAGCCCGCCGUCGGCUGGGAGUCGCUUAACGAUCAGCUCGCACAGUCGAACCUCUUCUUCCCGCCGGACCCGGGCCCGGGCGCCAUGAUCGGCGGCAUGAUCGGCACGGGGUGCAGCGGGACGAACGCCUACCGCUACGGCACCAUGCGCGAGUGGGUUCUUAGUCUGACCGUCGUGCUCGCGGACGGCACCGUCAUCAAGACGAGGCAGCGCCCGCGCAAGAGCUCCGCCGGCUACGACCUCACCAAGCUGUUCAUCGGCUCCGAGGGCACGCUGGGGCUCGUCACCGAGGCGACGCUCAAGGUCACAACGAAGCCGGCGUCGACGUCCGUGGCGGUGACGUCGUUCCCGACGAUCCGCGACGCCGCGAGCUGCGUGGCCAAGGUCGUCGCGGCAGGCAUCCCCGUCGCGGCGGUGGAGAUCCUGGACGACCUGCAGAUGCAGUGCAUCAACAAGGCGGGCAUGACGAGCAAGGCGUGGACGGAGGCGCCGACGCUCUUCUUCAAGUUCGCGGGCACCGAGAGCGGCGUCAAGGAGCAGGUGGCCCUCGUCAAGCAGCUCGCCGCCAAGACUGGCAGCAAGACGUUCGACUUUGCCAAGAACGAGGAGGAACAGCACGAGCUCUGGAGCGCGAGGAAGGAGGCCCUGUGGAGCACCAUGGCGGUCAAGCGCGAGGGCGAUCACGUCUGGACUGGCGACGUCGCCGUGCCGAUGAGCAGGCUGCCGGACAUCAUCGAGGAGACCAAGGAGGCGCUGGCCAAGACGGGGCUGUUCGGAACCAUUGUCGGCCACGUAGGCGACGGCAACUUCCACACCAUUCUGCUGUACAACGACCAGGAGCGCAAGCGGGCCGAGCACUUUGUGCACAACAUGGUCAAGCGCGCUGUCGAGAUGGAGGGUACUGUCACGGGUGAGCACGGUGUUGGUCUCGUCAAGAGAGACUACCUCCCCCACGAGCUGGGCGAGACGACCGUCGACACCAUGAGACAGAUCAAGAAGGCUCUCGACCCCCUCUGCCUCCUCAAUUGCGAUAAGAUCGUCAGGGUGCAGCCUCCCAAGGCUGGCGAGGUGAGCGAGUGGUAA